AUGCAGAAUUGUCCCGUCAUUGUUCUACUAAUAUGGUUUUUAACAAUUGAUGCAAAUCAGAUAAGUUUAAAACAACCGUAUUGCCGAGAUUUACGAGAUUGUCAAACCUAUUUUCCUUGUUCAGUUUUUUCAAAUGGUUUCAGUUAUCUUUACAUCAUUAAAAGAUGUUCAAAUACGAUGAUAUUUGAUGAAAAACAACAACAAUGUGUCAAAAAUACAUAUACCGAUCGUGCAUGUCCGCCAAAAGUUAUAGUUGUUCCGCCUAAAUACAGUCAAACGUCUUUCUCUCUAUCGACACCAUUCACAUCCAAAACUAGCUUCAAAAGAAUUCAAAUGAGAACUACUAAAUUUAAUUUGUCAAAAAUAAAUGAUAGUAAUAGUCUGAAAAAUAAGAUUAAACGACAUAACAAAGCUGCAUUGAUGAAAAUAAAACUACAGGGUCUAAAAGCCAUGAAUCGUACGGUUCUAUCGAAACAGAAGAAGACGUUUGAAAAGAAAAGUCUUCGUGAAGUCGCUGAUCAAACAAAUGAGGAAAACGAAGCUGAUGAAAAUGAUAGGAGUGAGGUAACAACAGAAAAUGAGAAUAUGGAAGAGGAUACUACAAAAUCAUUAGCUACCAUUCGAACAGAUCACGCUUCACAUAAUGAUAAUAAAAUAUUAAAAGUUUGCUAUAUUACAAAUUGGUCUCGUUAUCGAACUGGCGAUGCUAAAUUUGAAAUUGAGUUUAUCGAUCCGUUUUUAUGUACUCAUAUUGUGUAUGCCUAUGCAACAGUUGAUCAAGAAAAACCAGAAAUUAUUCCAAUCCAAAACGAUGAUCGUGAACAUUACCGAGAACUCGGAUUAUUAAAAAAGCAAAAUCCAGAUUUGAAAACAUCGAUACGGUUAGGAGGUAAAAGUGGACAAUAUACACGUUAUUUAAAACGAUCAAAUACAGCAGCACAAUUAGUGAGAAGUAUCAUAUGUUUUGAUGGUGUUGAUCUGGCCAUGGAGUUUUCUGAUGAUGACGUACCAGAAGACAAAGCUGCUUUAGUAACUUUACUUGAGGAAAUUGCAAAACAAAAACGACUGAUGUCGCCACGUUCAUUUGUUUCACUUACGGCUGCUCCGUUUGUUGAACAUUUACACAAAGCAUAUGAUGUUAAAAAAAUUGAAAAACUUGUUAAUUAUAUAAAUCUAAUGACAUUUGAUUUUUAUGGGCCAUGGGAUGAUAAGACGGGAGUAUUUGCACCAUUAUACCAUCAAUCUUAUCAAACAGAAGCUGAAACACUUCGAAAUGUGGACGGUUUGGUAAAACUGUGGAUCAGCCUUGGUGUGCCACGAUCAAAGAUUAUUAUCGGUAUACCGGCUUAUGGAAGAUCAUUUUCAUUAAGAAAUGGUGAAAAUGGAUUACAUGCACCUAUAAACGGUCCCGGUUACCCGGGACGUUAUACAAAAACACGAGGUUUUUUGGCGUACUAUGAGAUAUGUGAAAAGGGGCAAGCUCAAAACUGGCAACGUGUAUGGCUUGAAUCAGAAAAAUCUUGGUAUAUGACAAAUUCCGAUCAAUGGAUUUCAUAUGAAGAUGUCGAUUCAGCUGCUCUUAAAGCACAAUAUGCAAAAGCCGAGCAAUUAGGAGGUGCUUUUAUAUGGAGUAUUGAUAAUGACGAAUUUUCUGGAUUUUUUUGUAAUACCGAACCAUUUCCUAUAACUCGUCAAGUAUUUUCCACAUUAAAUUUACCCGUAUCAGUUACCGUUAGUUCAAUGCAAACUCUUCAGCCGUCACCAACCGCUGUUCAAACUGUUCGUUUUCUUCACGUGGCUCCGUUAGCAAGUCGAGCACCAUCAAUCAGUCAAAAUAUCCCACCAAAUGCUUUACCUAGUUUACAACUUUUAUUGAAUGCCUUAAGUACUUUCACAACAACUGCACCACCAAAUCAUCAUCCACCCCCAGUCGCUCAUCAGACGUACAAUGCUGAUUAUAUUUGUGGACGGCAUCGUGGUGGUAUUUAUCGUGAUCGAACAAAUUGUUCAAUGUUUUAUUUUUGUGAAGGUGAAGAUCGUUCAACGUUAAGAUAUCAUAUUUUCUUUUGUCCACAAGGAUUAGAAUUUAGUAUGGAAACAUGUACCUGUGACUGGCCAAAUAAUCGACCAUGUAUGUCAUCUGCUGAAACAUUUUGUGCUGAUCAUGCUAGUUCACCACCUCUCAUCACAACUACAACAACACCAACGCCUCUAAUAAACGAACUAAGUGCUUUAGGAAAAUUAUUACAAGUAGCGUCUGUGCCCCAAGCUCUAUCCACAUCAAACUCGUUCGAUUGUAAUGAAAAACGUUCAGGUUUAUAUCGCGAUUAUUAUGAUUGUACUAAAUUCUAUUAUUGUACAAUGUCACAAGAUGGAUCAGUUUUGAGAUAUGAUUUUGCUUGUCCAUCAAAUUAUGCAUUUAGCAUGACGAGUUGCCGAUGUGAAUGGAGUCAAAAUGCUUGUACAACACUAACAAAUACCGAUUGUCUCAUAUUAUCUUAA